AUGGUUUCCUUCAAAUUCUUCCUGGCGCUUGGGCUCCUGGGUAUCUCCUUCACCAGCGCGCAUCCCACGCCGGGAGGAUCACCUGGAACCUACAAAUGCGGAGAGAUUGAUGUGUUCAUGACUGGUCUUCCCCCGGCGCACCCGCUUGUUAAAGCUCAAGGCUUCGACCCAGUCUUCGUCAAUAAAUCUCUCACAGCAGACGCUGCCGAAGUUGUCAAAGCAGGAUACAACCUCCGAGUCGUUCUCAUGGGUCCCGAACAGCCUCUGAGCGUUCUCAACGACCAGCUCAAAGGCAUCAACUGGGACGCCACCGGUGUCGGCUAUGGUGUGCGAGGAUCUUCGGUCCAGAACCUGACCGUGCGGCUUGAAGACAUCCUUCAAACCUACCGCGACAAAGCCUGGCGCGCACCGAUCGUGUUCAACCACUCCCCGACCUCAUCGUUGUGGGCUAUUCAGAGGCACUUCCCAUUGUCGAGCAACUGCACGAACUCUCCAGGAAAGGAUUUGGUGAGUGAAAUUUAA